AUGUCUAAUUCAAUACACUUAUUUUUAUUAUUGUGUUUGAUCAUUAUCAACGUUAAUUCUUAUAGAAUUAUUACAUACGAAGAUGAGACGGAUGCGGCUGUUAUUUCUAGAACUCUUGUAAAAGAAUUUGGUGUUGGCACUUUGGUUACUAUCAUGAAUGAUCACGAAGAUGAUGAUGUUCGAGGAUAUCCUUUUGGAUUAUUGGAUUAUUUCUCUGAUGAUUGUCCUUCAACGGGAAAUCCAUUACUUCUUUUAAGUGACUAUCAGAAAAAUAUUAAAAAUGCAAGAUCAAAUGAAUGGAAAGCUUCCUUAAUGAUUCGUAAACUAAGCAAGGACGAUACUUUUUUUCCCGUUGCUGAACCAAGAAUUAAUUUAUUUGGUCAUUUGGAAAGAGUACCUGAUGAUGAAGUUGCAGAUGCACAAAAAUGCUUCUUAGCUAAGCAUCCAAGAGCCCGUUUUUGGAUCCCUGGCGUAGGUCACGAAUUCUAUUUCUAUAGAUUUAUUGUUCACAAUAUUUAUUUUGUUGGUGGAUUUGGUAAUAAACAUUAUAUCGGUUAUAUUAAUAAUGAAUUAUAUCACAAAGUUAAACCUCAAAGCACUCAUCGUUGUGGUAGAAUACUUGAGAAAGACUAUAGUUUGGAAAUUGCAAUGGAAGGAGGCUGUGAAAUCGAUUAUUUAUGGGUAUUUGUACAAGAUUUUCUUAAUAAACGGUGUAAAGAAUUGGUGGCGUUCGAUGAACCAGAGAUAAUAAAACCAACGAUUGAUGAUGCAUAUAAAGAGUUCUUUUGGACACAAUUCUCAACUAGUGAGCAAUUGUUAUUUUGUAUACAAAAAAAAGUUACGUUGGAGCAAAAUUUAGAGACUCCGAAAAAAGGGAAAAAGAAUGCGGCAACAGCAUCUAAACCAACUGAAGAAGAAUAUCAGACUGUCAAAAUUGAAAACAUGUCUCUUCAAGAAAUUAAAAUAAAAUAUGGUGAUGCAUUUCGUAUAAUGACGACCGAGAAAUUCCAAAAAGAAAUACUUUUUGCAACAGUUGACACAUCUCGCUCACUUUCUAAUCAAGUUUGGAAGACAUUGCAGUACAUAGCACGACAUCGUUCUUUGGGCGCUACGCAAGUAGAUAUGGCGAGACACUUUAAUAUCGAACCAAAAUCUUUCUCCCAUUAUUUAAAAACUCUUUGUAACUUAAAAUUAAUAGUAAAAUUAAAGGUUACUCAGAAUGGGAUACAGACAAAUUUGUGCAUCUUAUCUAGAUGCGCUGCUCAAAAUAAAGCGUAUGUCGGACAAUCUGUAUACAUACCCACAGCAUCUAACCUACAAUCUGACGACCAAGACUUUACGGAUACAAUUGGUGGCGACGUUUCCUUCAACUCCGAAUUGGUGAAGAUCAGAUUGACCGAGAUUCUUAGUAAAGCUAAGAAUCAGAUUAUGUCUGCAAACGAUAUAAGGAUGGCUUUAUUUGCAAUAUCCAAUCCAACAAAGAAUCAACGACGUUGGUUUAAUAACAGGCUUGAUGAUUUAACGCAACAUGGAUACGUCGAGAAAGUGAACGUGCCAAAAAAAUCCAUGGAUGGCCAAAUGGAACGAUGUUUCAGGCUUGUGAAGAUGUAUGUGAAAGGCAGUAACAACAAUAAUGACAAACGUAGGAAUAAAUCCUCCACCGUAAAUACACCAGAAUCCAUGACUUCUCCUACAGAGUCUAAUGAAAAGCAAUUGCAAUCUGGUAUUUUUGUAGACUUGCCUCUAGAUUAUCAAGUGUAUCGUUUAAUUCAAAUGUCUGGUGAACGAGGAAUAACUGCUGGAGAUCUUCAAUGUAUGCUUCGUAAUAUAAAUGAUCGUGUCCUAAACAAGUCAUUAACUGGGCUUAUCAUUGAUUUGCCUCCUGGGUUAAAACGUUUUAAUAUUAAGCGUGCUGUCGAGUGUAAAGGUCGAGAACGACAUUAUCGUUAUUUUUCGAGCGAAAGUUACAUGAAAUUUGCCGCAUCACAUGGUUUAAAUUUAGAGGAUAUAAAUCAGGAGAAUCCUGAUGAUGAUCAGAGGUCAGAGUAUACACAUGACCCCCUAUGGGGAAUGGAACUAUUGCAAGAUGAAGAAGAAAAAAACGAUGAUUUCUUGGCUAGUCGACCAAGAAAGUAUGAUUCUGAUGGAGAAUUAAUUUCCAAAAAUGUGACUCAAAAAAGUGUUAAAGGAAAGCUAAUUGUAAACGAAACAUCUAAUGAUAAGAAGAAGCGCGGUCGUCCACGAAGGACUAAAAAUAGGCCUGAAAAAAAGGCAAAGGUAGAAGAAUCCGAGUCAUUGGAUGGCAACACAAAUUUCGCACAAGAACAAUUAUCCAUUCUUAUUACUGAGGAAACGUCUGAAAACAUAGAACCAACAAGUAACCAAAGUGAACCUAUAUCUUACGUUGAAGGUAACAUAGAUAUCGAUGGCCCUAUUUCAGGCGAAGAAUCUUCAAGAAAUGUUGUAUUACAGUCUAAAGGGAAUAGUAUUAAAGUACCGAUCGAUGAUCCCAACAUUUCAAACAUUUAUGGCUCGAUUCUACAACCAAACUCCUCAAAUCAGGAAGUUAUUUUGGAUGAAGAUGUUGACAUGAUGGAUAUUAAUGUCAAUUUAGUAAUUCAAAAUGAAAAUUUACAAAAGAUUAACAAAUUAUCCAUCAAACAAAGCAUUGAUACGGGUGCUGUAGAAUCUGUCAGUGUGUAUAAUCAAGAGUCAAAUGUAGAAAAUUUAGCCCGACAAUUGGAGUAUGGUGAAUCAAGAACUGACAAUAAUGCUUUCGAGUUGAGUAUGGAAUCGCCUAUCAGCUCUGCCUCAACACGGAUUAUUGAAAGUUCAUAUGAAAAAACCUUACAAAAUGUUAAGAAAAUAUCUAAAUCUAAAAAAAAGGUCGUCCCUGUCGUUUCAAUCACUGCAUCAUUUCGAGAAAAGAUUAUAGAAAAGCUCUUGGAAGAAUUUAAAGUACUAGAAUGUGGUGCAAUGCUUAUUGGUGUGUAUCAAGAUAAAGUUCGAGAAUAUUAUAAUGGUACAACUCCACAUACAAUUGAUAAGAAGACUUUAACUCGCACUGGAAACGCAAUGGAAAGAAAAGGACUGUUAAGACAAUACAAUGUAGUAUUGCCAUCAUUGAACGGUAAAGACCAAGUUAAACUUUUAUUCCUUCAUCCUGAUUUGACACCCGAUGAUCCCAAGGUGAAGGAAUAUGUCACUAAAUUACAAGACAAGGCUUUACUUGUUGGUAGAUCUUAUAGGGCCACUAAAAUUGAGGAGAUUGAUAUUGAAGUAGAGCCACUUUCUGAGCUACAGAAACGUAUGGCUGCUGAGGCAGCUGCUAACAAUUCUGUCAAUCCUCUAAGCACUUCACUUACUUCAAUUCCACAACCCACCAUCUAUGAUAAGCUUAUGUCCUCAAUGCCAACAUUGGAUUCGGUUAAUUCAAAUGUUGAAAGCCUGCCUAAUCUUAAUGAGAAAAUACCUAAUGACAUGUGUUGGUUACAUUGCGCUCGUGGGUUUGGCUGGAUCAAUGCUAAGAUGAUUCGAGCAAAAAUUUUGCAUCAAUAUUUUUUCAACAAAAUCAAUGACGCAGGCCCAGAUGAUCCUUGUAUUAUGAAGGAAAAUAGAAUUUUCCAGACAGCAAUCCUUCUCAGAGAUCUUCCCCUUGAUUUAUAUCUUAAGCUUGUUGGACAAUUUUCACCAAGUACAAAAUUAUCUGAAUAUAUAAAAUCAGGAGAAAAUAUGUUGCGAAGCGUCAUUGAUCUCCCAAGUGACCUUAGGUUGGAAAUCUUUACUGGAAAUUAUAAAUUCCGACAAAACCUUAAAAGGUUGAUUGACAUUCUCGUGGCACUAAAAUUAAUUAAAAAACUUAAACGUACAUUUGAUGAAAGAGGGAAUCCAAUUUUAAAUAUGAAAAGGGCUUUUGUUCCAGAUGAUGUACUUGAAGUUGAUUCAACAAGAACAUCGGUAUACGAUAGUCAACCACAAAAUCUUUUAGCGCCUGCUUACCAACUAAUGCGUGAUGUUCCAAUGAUGGAUUUUUCUGUUCCCGGACCGGAUAGACCUAUUAUUAGAGAGUAUUUGCUUGAUACUAUCGAGGAUGUUUCGGUUUAUUGGAGUGAGUUACAAUACGUAGCUCAGAAAAAAUUUUCCGAAUCAACGUAUAAGAGUGAAGAAGAAAAUGCUAAUUCGGAUUCGGACCAAGUGGAUAGUGAGGAAGAGAAUAUGCCUGUGCGCAGAAAGAAAAGAUCCUCUAGUGAUAUUGAUGAUCCUUUGCGAUUUAUAACUGUUGCACGUAAUUGGAAUUCUGGAUUUCCACUUAAUGUCAAGCAGAAGAAGCAGCUUGAGCUCUAUGUUGAUCGAAGAAAAUCAAUGACUCCUUAUGAGGAUGAGAAUAAAUGUAGACAGAUUGCUCAAGAGAUUGGUCUUCCGUUUCAAAAAGUUCGUGUUUAUUUCAAGAGAAUUGAGGAUAGUUUUGAAGUAAAAAGCAAAGAAUCUAACGUGGCUAAGCAGAAGGAAAGGCGUCGCAAAGUUGCCGAAAGAUCGAAAAACUUUGCUGGGGUCGUUUCUUCUGCCAAAGGAGAACCUUCGUUCAAGAGGAAGAAAAGAGAAAAUAUGGUUCACAAAGUGUUAAGAAAAUCACAGAAUGAAUCUGAAGGAAGUCUUGGUAAUAAUUCUGGACGUAAAAGUAACCGUGAAAAAUUCAAGCAAAAGGAAAUGGAAAAAAUUCAUGGUCUUGUUGAAGAGGAGAACCUGCCAGUUAUCAAUGAUGAAGAGAGGUUUGAGACUCAAUAUGAACAAUAUUCCCAACGACAACGUCCAAUCUGGAGUAAAGAAGAUGAUGAAUUGCUUUUCUACGCCUAUAUUAUUAUCAAACAUCGUUCAACCAAAUAUAGGUUCUUUUGGAGUCCUGUUACCAAAGUGUUACCACAUAAAUCCAGGGAGAUGUGCCGGCGUAGAUUUAAUGUAUUGACGAAAAAUUCAGCUUUCCAAGCGCGAGUUUCUAAUUUUUUGUCAUUUUGGAAAGAUAUUUAUAAUGAUGCGAUAAAGAAAGGUGACUUAAAGGAAGAGGAAGAAAAACAAAUGAAAGAUUUUGAUAUACUUGGGCAAAUGGAAUACUUUAAGAAAACUGUGGAAGAAAAGCCAAACGUUACACGUCCCAAACCUGUAAUUCCUCUUCCUCAAGAUGUUAAAACAUUACAAGAGCACUUUUUUGUAACUUAUGCCUCACCAAAUAGACAUAAUCGGGACUUGUACUUUGAAGAUAAACUUGGUGGAUGUUCAUUAAGGCAAAAGAUGAAAAAAUUGUAUGCGUAUUCUCUUACACACAGGAUUCCAUAUAAUAAUGUCGAUUAUGCGAUAAUUGAGCUUAACAAUGAAAAACAAAUUAAACUUGAAUGUAUUCAAGCAUUGAUCAAGAUGAUCCUCAUGACUCCUGAAGAUCAGUAUGAUCCUACACAUGCGUUUUCGAUUCUAAAUCGUUAUGAACCUUAUGUUAAAGAGGCAAUAGAUUUAGUUAAAGAGACCGGUGCUAUAGUUAAAGUUAAAGGAGGGAAUGAUAGAAGAAUCCCUGGAAGGGGUUUUCACGUUUCUGACAAGUUCCUAUCAGUAAUUUCAGGAAAAUUGCCAGAUAGAAUGUUUUCACAAGCUGUUAACUUCUACAAGAAAUUUAAAGAUGCCACAAAAUUUGAUCAAUUUGCAAGUAGUGGAGAUGUGGCUUGUAUUUUGGAUUUAUUAUCUGCUGGAAUGGUUUCAUUAUCAUUUGCUAAUUCAGAUGCACCCAUACUUACAAAGAAUAUAGUACCAAACCAUCGUAGUAGAAAAAUUGAUGUCGUAAAUCUUAAUUUUGACAUUUUGUUGACGCCGAAGAUUAAUAACUCGAAUAAAUACAGUGAUUCUAGCAAUAGUGAAUAUGACAAAGAUAAUGAGUCAUCUUACAGCGUUCGUGGUCAAAAGAGAAAACGCGAAGAAAAUACGACACGAGAAGAAAGCACCUCGACUUUCAAAAAAGGACGCUUUGACAAAAAGCCUUAUUUAAACACUCGAAAGGAAGCUUCUAAAACACUUAAAAAGCUGUUAGAAGAAUUAGAUCAAGAAUUUAAAGGUGACGUAAAAGAUGUUUAUUAUAUAAUUGAGAAUCGUGGUAAAGUUGAAAAGUUACUGCGUUGUGUUAAUAUACUGGAAUUUAAUGUUCCAAGUUUAAUAUUGAAAGUUGGUUAUAGUAAUAGUCGAUAUAUCUCAGGCAUUUAUUUGAAAGAAUGGUUGGUUAAUACGACGCCUACCGUUAAGAGGCCGCCUACAAUAGAUGAAGUGUUCAUGGACGAGAAUCCUUCUAAUUACAAAGUAUGGUCAUCAGUCGAAUCAUUUGGACCACCAAGAAUGUGGUAUGAUAUCAAAGGAAACUUUAUUGAAUCAGUAUUCCGAGGAUGUCUUGAAGCCGUAUUGGGAUUAAUUUUGCAAAAGCCUGGAAUAUGCGAGGCUAACAUUUAUCGAAAACUUUCGUUGGUCAUGUCACGAUGUGAAGUUCAAGAUGUUUUGGAAGAAUUGUUGGAUCGUAAAGGUAUCAGAAAAAAAUCAUAUGUUCAACCUUCCAAAGUUACUUUGUUUUCAAAACCGGCCGAAUUUAAAGAAUGUGGCAUCAAUUCUCUUGAUUCCAAUAAGAUCUCUUAUUAUUGGGCAAAUGAAAAUUACUACUUAAAAUGCGUUCCUGAAAUUAUUAAUUAA